GGGAGCGGGGCCACCGCAGCAGCGGCGCCUCCCCGGCCGCGGGCGGCAGGCGGGGCAGCCCGGGCCACUAGCUUGGGCCACCUCCGGGUUACCUGGGCCCCCGCUGCUGCCGUGCGCUGUCAGCCUGGGGGAGGCUCCUCCGUGUACGCAACAGGAACCGAAAUUCCACAAAGUUCCAUAAAAGACGCUCUUGGCAGGCCCGAGGCUGUGGAAGGCGCGCGGGCGGCGGCCCGCUGGCGGGAGCGGCGCGGCCUGAGGAGCUGGGGGGCCGGGCCAGUGCGGGAGGGGCCUCGUGUGCGCUGCCGACACCGCGCCGCCUCGCGGGCUGCCCCGCCCCCUGCUCCGCCCCGCGCACGCGCCGGGCCGGCGGGAGCCGCCGAGAUGCGGGCGGCCAUGGGCAACUUCCGCCUGGCUCUUAUUCAGCUUCAUGUAUCUGCUGUUAAAUCAGAUAACCUUCAACGAGCCUGUGGACUGGUGAGAGAAGCAUCAGCUAAAGGAGCAAAAGUUGUGGCUCUACCUGAAUGUUUUAAUUCUCCAUAUGGAACCCAGUACUUUAAGGAUUAUGCAGAGAAGAUCCCUGGGGAGUCAACACAAAAGCUCUCAGAAGUUGCAAAGGAGUGCAGCAUAUAUCUUGUUGGAGGAUCCAUUCCAGAAGAGGAUGGUGGAAAGCUGUAUAACACGUGUACUGUCUUUGGGCCUGACGGUGCUAUGUUGGCAAAGCAUAGGAAGGUUCAUUUGUUUGACAUUAACGUUCCUGGGAAGAUACAGUUCAAAGAGUCUGAAACACUGAGUCCAGGGAAUAGUUUGUCCACAUUCGACACUCCAUACUGUAAAGUGGGCCUGGGCAUCUGCUAUGAUAUCAGAUUUGCUGAAAUGGCUCAAAUCUACGGACAGCAAGGUUGCCAGCUGCUGAUAUAUCCCGGAGCUUUUAACCUGACAACAGGACCAGCUCACUGGGAGCUGCUACAGAGGGGACGAGCUGUUGAUAAUCAAGUCUACGUAGCUACCGUAUCUCCUGCUAGAGAUGAAAAAGCAUCCUAUGUUGCCUGGGGACACAGCACUGUAGUAAAUCCAUGGGGUGAAGUCAUAGCCAAAGCUGGGGCUGAGGAAACCGUUAUAUACACAGAUAUAGAUCUGAAGAAACUUGCAGAAAUACGUGAGCAAAUUCCUAUUUUAAGCCAGAAGCGUUGUGAUCUCUAUGGCAUAGAGAUGAAAAAGUGAAGCUGCGUGAAUAGGGAAGGCUCAGUUGGCAUAAUGGCUCCUGCUUUUGUCUUCGGAAGAAUUCCCUUAGUAGUUGUUCCACAAUCUACUGCUAAAUGUGCCAGUUAAAAAGAACAAAAUCAGAAACCAAACCACCUUGGUGGUGUAAUUAUAAAAUUGAUUCAAAUACAGAAGUUGCAUCUCCUUCAGUAUUUUGUAGCAUUUUACAGCUAGGGUAAAGAUGGAGGUGAAAUCAGUUCAACACAACAGUAAUUGUGAUGCAUAAAAGUCAAUGCUAAUGUUUAGUUACCUUCUGGGGGCUUUUUUUGUAGAACAUAGAAAUGCAAACCUUGUUUUCUCUGGAAAUCCUGCAAAUUCAGCUUUGGUAUUAUGAGUUUUCCUGUGAAUUACUGAAUAAUCUAGAGGCAUGAUUCUUCCAGCUCCAUCCUUAGUUGUGUGCGCCUUAACAGAGUUCCUUGAAUACCCAAGUUCUAACUUGGAAAGCUUAAAAUGUAACACACUAAGCAAAACAAGGCAAAUUCUGCUCUGCACGACUUGGGACAAUGCAAGAAGCUGCCAGACAGGACUACUACUAUAGAAGAAUCUGUAACAGGUUUUGGCUCAUGUGUCGUGCCUAAAAUAUAAUAUAUAAAGUUAUCCUUACUGCAAUUCUUGUUUAUUGCUGAAGUGAUGCAGGUUACUGUUUUAUUAAAGCAAUUGCAUGUCACCACA